GAGAUUCGAUCCCAGGACCUGAGGCUCGGACAGUUGGAUACAGAAGGACACACACACACAGAGACAUAGGAGAGAGAAAACAAAAAAACAAGAGAGACAGAGAGAUAUCAAAAAAACCUUUCUUCAUCGUCGGCGUCAUCAUCAUCAUCAUCAUCAUCGUUUACGUCGAACUACAGCUGAAUCGGCGUCGUUUUGUUCUGUUCUUUUGAACCGUCAGAUUCAGUCCUGUGUUCGAUGUGCUUUGUCCCAAAACCCUAGGAGUUAUCUGCUUAUCUUUCCUCAACAAAUACUGGUUCUCCAUAUUCUGUGUGCAUGCUAUACACAAAACAUUUUUGUUGGGGUUGGGAGCUUUUAUUGUUGUUCAGGAUUGGACAUUAGCCUGUGGUUAUGCUGAGGAUGCUAGAGAUGUAAUUGAUAUUUCUGGGCUCAUGACUUAUUUACUGGUGUGCGGUUCUAGUAGCAAGUGUACACGAUAACUUAUAUACUUUCAUUUUUCCCUCAAUCUGAGAUAACAAUCUUGCACUUGCUGUUAUCAGCUUGUAUUGCUUGUGGAUUGAUGAUCUUGGCCCUUCUGAGGUCUUCUCUUAAAAAAUUGGCUUGAUGAAGUCAAUGGAUACACUUACUAUUUUGUCUUGAAUAAAGAGAGAAUGGUACCAAAUUGGAAGAAACCUCACAUUAAGUUGACACCUAUCUCCUCAGCAUACGAUUUAUUCAUGUUCUCUACAACAUCUAGGAGUAAAGAGGGUGUUAAUGGUGCUGCAUAAGAAGAAAUCAUGGAGCACAUAUCAGAGAAAAAAUUCCCUCUCAAUGCAAAAGAUUAUAAGUUAUACGAAGAAGUUGGUGAGGGAGUCAGCGCCACUGUGUACAGGGCUCUCUGUGUUCCACUUAAUGAGAUAGUUGCAAUCAAGGUUCUUGAUCUGGAAAAGUGUAAUAAUGACCUGGAUGGUAUCCGGCGAGAGGUACAGACAAUGAGCUUGAUUAAUCAUCCAAAUUUGUUACAGGCGCAUUGUUCUUUCACUGCUGGCCACAGCCUUUGGGUUGUGAUGCCAUACAUGGCUGGUGGAUCCUGCCUUCAUAUAAUGAAAUCUGGUUACCCUGAAGGUUUUGAGGAGCCUGUUAUUGCUACUUUAUUGCGUGAGGUUUUGAAAGCUCUUGUUUAUCUUCAUGCACAUGGGCACAUCCAUAGAGAUGUGAAGGUGACUUACUCUACCUGCUUGACUCAUUCGCCUCUGAAUGAUCUUUUGGCUGGGAAUAUCUUAAUUGAUUCUAAUGGUGCAGUCAAGUUAGCUGAUUUUGGUGUAUCAGCAUGCAUGUUUGAUACUGGAGAUAGGCAGCGUUCCAGAAAUACUUUUGUUGGGACUCCAUGCUGGAUGGCUCCUGAAGUUAUGCAGCAAUUGCAUGGUUAUGACUUCAAAGCGGACAUAUGGUCAUUUGGAAUAACAGCACUUGAACUUGCACAUGGCCAUGCCCCAUUUUCCAAGUACCCUCCAAUGAAAGUUUUGCUGAUGACUUUACAAAAUGCACCUCCAGGUUUGGACUAUGAAAGAGACAAGAGAUUUUCAAAGUCUUUCAAAGAGUUGGUAGCGACUUGCUUAGUGAAGGAUCCAAAAAAACGUCCAGCUUCAGAAAAGCUAUUGAAGCACCCUUUUUUCAAGCAUGCACGCCCAAAUGAAUAUCUGGCUCAUACCAUUCUUGAUGGCCUUACUCCUUUAGGUGAACGUUUUAGAAUGCUGAAGGCAAAAGAGGCUGAUCUUCUUGUUCAGAACAAGGCUCUUUAUGGGGAUAAGGAGCAGUUAUCGCAGCAAGAGUACAUUCGAGGAAUAAGUGCCUGGAAUUUCAACCUCGAAGAUUUAAAAACUCAAGCUGCCCUUAUACAGGAUGGUGGCAUGCCAAAUGCUGAAGACCCGGAUGCUAAUAAGCAAAAAUAUGGGCAUGAUUUUGUUGGGUCCCCAGUGGAGAGCAUGUCCCAUUCAAAUGCUGAUCCUAGUCAGGAGGAUGGGUUCAGUGAUAUUAGUGAUUUGGAGAGCUCAUUUGCUUCCUUUCCUGUGAAACCUCUUCAAGCACUUAAAGGUUGUUUUGAUAUUUGUGAGGAUGAUGAGACUGCAAAUAGUCCAAUUGGUGUGGAUCAGGAAAAUGGACGAAAUGAGGGUGAGAGUUCGUGUCAAGGUAGUAUUUUACAUCGCCAUGCUAUUCCAGAGCAUAAAAAAUUCUUGAGUGGUUCACUACUACAAGAGAAUUCUCUAUCUCCUAAGAAGGUUUUUAACGAUGGGGACAGGGAUUAUCUACAAUCAAAACACCAAGCUGAGCGUAACUAUAGUGGUACAUUGUUGUAUCGUCAGAAGAAAGAUGCUAGUAACAUUUCAUCUGUUGAAGAUACUUCAGAAGGAGCAGUUGUACAGCGUAAGGGCCGCUUUAAGGUCACUUCGGCAGACCUCAGUCCCAAGGGUCCUACAAACAGCAUGUUUAGCUCAAUUUCUGGAGGUUCAACUGGUAUAGCAACCGCAAACCUAACGGCUGCCUCAAUUCUCCCAUCUCUGCAAUUCAUUUUGCAGCAGAACUCCACACAGAGGGAAGAACUUAUGAAAUUGAUCAAGUAUGUGGAACAAACCUCUGGUAAGCAUGCUGAGUCAACUGAGGUUGUCACAAGUGACCUGUUGCAGAUGCAUCCUGCUACCACCAGAGAGAGAGAUCUGCAGUCUCAGGUGUUUCAUAUGCAGCAAAGUAUUGGGAGCCUUGUUGAGGAAUUGCAGAGGCAGAAGAUGAAAAAUGCCCAGUUAGAAAGACAACUAAAUACUUUGGUGAACAAAGAGGAGGAUGCACAAUGAUGUUUUUCAUAUUACCACCGCCUUGUGAACAAAAAGAAGCAUAAUUUCUUUAUAGUUGGUUGAGGAAGCCGAAUUUCUACCGGUUGAUUAUUUCUUCAGUGGCUAGCGAGGGUCUUCAAGGUACUUUCGAAGGUAUAGGGCAUUUUUUAUUGUAUUUUAGUGUAUCAUAUGUGUGAACGUGUGUAAGGCAGAUACCCAAUUUUGAAAUGCUAUUCCUUGAGUCACUCUAUCAUGUAAUUUAUUGACUGCUUUUGUAAUUAUAUUCAGUUUGGUCCUCUCUAUGUACUA